AAAGCUUGUAAGAGAAACAGGGACAAGAGCAUUGUAGAAACUAGUCGACGAGAAAGAGAUAAAAGAUGAGGGCAUAGCAGUGUCGUUGCAAAAGAGAGAAUGGGAUUAGAAAAAAACUUUGAAUGCUUAGUUUGGCAUGGCACAGAAAGUGAAAAAUUUUUCCAAUCCCAUCAUCCUCUCUGUCUCGCAGGGGACAGCCACCAAGAAAGGCAAUUUACAGGAAGGUUAUACGACAUGGUCAAUGCCACUAAAGGGGUCUUUAUUUCCUGUGACAUACCUAUGGCACAAUAUAUCAUCAACAUGAAUGCUUCAUUGCCUGCAUCUGACAAGUUCAUUAUACAUAUCUUGGAUAAUACCCAUAUGUUUGUUCAACCUCAUGUUGAGCAAAUGAUACGAAGUCAAAUUGCCAAGUUUAGAGAGGACAAUACAUAUGUCAAGCCUAAUUGAUUACUAUGGCCUUUCUGUCCUCCCCGAAUGGCUACAGUGAAUAACAUUCUGGAACAUUUUGUGUUGAUUGGUAGUUGAUCUUUACUAAGACCGUUUCUUUGUAUACAAAGUUCUCGCAGUUCGCAUGGAAAAAUGAAAUGUGAUUUGCUAUUAA